AUGGCGGAACUAUCAUCGCGUAUGCAGAAGACGGCCUCGGCCAUUCUUCCCAAGAUCGCUGCCACGAUUGCGGAGCGUACCAGUGCCGUACGCAAGAUUGACCUCGCAACGGCGGAAAACUGGCUGCUGCGGCCAGAAAUUGUCGAAAUCUGCAAGAACGCCAUCCAAGAGAAUUUGACAGAGGCAGGGCUCUCAUACCCGGAUGGAUUCGGUGGGGAUCCUAAGUUGCUAGAGGCCUUUGCGGCGUUCUUCAACAAGUACUUCGAUCCCGUGUCCAAGGUAGAGACCCGGGAUAUUGUCGUCACGCCCGGCGCAAGCAGCUGUUUGGACUCGCUGCUGUUUAGUAUUUGCGAGGCAGGCGACAGUAUCUUGGUGUUGGCCCCGUACUGGAGUGGAUUCGACUUUCACUUUUUGCUCCGUCCGAACAUCAACAUCAUCCCGGUGUACACCGAUGCGGUUUGCUUGCUAGAUAAUCCGGACGACCUGCUGUCGGAGUCGUUGGUUCCGGCUCUUGAGAGAGCGAUCGACGGCUGUGAGGACAAAAACCGCGUCAAGGCUUUCGUGAUAACGAACCCGCACAAUCCAAUCGCCCGGUGCUACCCCAAGCACAUCCUCCAGGAGGCAAUCCACUGGUGUGGUAAGCGCGGCCUUCAUUACAUCUCGGAUGAAGUAUACGCAAUCUCGGACUUCUCCAGUGUCGGCGCCUUGCCUGACACAAAUGGAGUGACGCUUAGCACAACCAGCGCCAAUGAGCCAGUGGCACUGCCUGUCAAUGGUUUGAAGGAGCAAUUUGCCAUACCCUUUACCUCUGCACUUGCGCUCGAGCUCGAGACGGACAAAAUGCCUGCCAUCAGUGUCAUCUGGAGCACAUCCAAGGACCUUGGGUCAAGUGGAUUUCGCAUGGGUGUCCAUGUGUCCAGGCGCCGUCCAUCGAGCUCGCAGACAAGUGGCGACUCCACGGAGGGUCGUGAGGCGGACGCUGGUCCUUCGCUGCUCACCACGUCGCUCGGCCUCUUGUCGACAACUCAGCUACCGACAAUCUCGAUGCUGUUUACUCACGCGCUGCUGACAUCCGAAUCAUUCGAUGAGCUCGUCGCUCGGAACCGGCAGCGACUGCGAGAACACCACGAGAUCAUAUCUCGCCGGCUACGCAAAUGGGGCGCACCAUUCAUUCCGGCAACGAGUGGUCCCUACGUUCUCGCAUAUCUCGGCGUCAAAGUUGGGGAUCUGCAGCGCCAUGGGCGCGACCGGGAUGCGAUCGCGCCGUCGGACGAGAGCCAGCACAACGAGGUGACCAAGCGACAGAGAAUGUCCACUCCUGAGCACGAGGGUGAAGAUGUUAUGGAUGUACUGCGGCACAAAGCCAUGGUGCUUGUGUCUCCUGGCAAGAGUUUCCGCAUGCGCGGCAAAAGCACCAGCCCAGAGCCGAUGGAGGGUUGGGCGCGAAUCAAUUUCGCGGUGCCCGCUGACGUGCUGGACGAUGCGCUGAAUCGUAUUGGUGAAGCGUUGGGACUUGAAUGA